AUGGUCGGAGCUGCAUCCAAGUCAGGCAGCAGCAUGCCCGGUGGUUGGGGAAAGGGUGAGGAGCAGAAGUCAACAUACUCGGUCGAGCAAGAUAUUCAAGACCAUGGCGACAACCUCGUUGCCGGUGUCAUUGGCAAGACCGGUGAGGUGGUAGACGAGACCGGCAAGACUGUCGGCAAGGUCACAGAAGGCGAGGCCGGAGAGCUUGUCGGGAACGUCGUUACCGCGACAGGCGAUAUCAUCGGCAAGGACGGCGGCGUUAUCGGCAAGGCUCUUCCCCUCGGCGAGUUGACGGAAGGGGGCGAGACCAAGGAGGGCGGUGGCUUCAGCAUCAUGGGCGCCACCAAGGGCGUCAAGGGCAUCGUCGACACUGUCGACGGCACUGUUCAGACUGUCAACCGCACAUUACCGCUUGUCGGCGACCUGACCAAGGGUAUUGGUCUGGGCGAAGGCCAGGGCGGUGUGCUCGGCGGCGUCCUUGGUGGUGGUCAAGAUGAGAAGGGUUCCCAAGGCGGCCUUGUCGGUAAUACUCUGGGCAACGUUACCGGAGCUCUCGGCGGUCAGUCCGAGAAGGGCACAUCUUCAGACAACGCCCUCGGCGGCCUGCUUGGAGGUGUUUUGGGCCAGAGCCAAAGUGGUGGCCCUCUUGGCGGCGUCCUCGGUGGCACCGAGCCAUUGAACCGCGACCAGUCUGUCACCGACAAGGAUGAGAAGCUCACCCAGCUUCUUGCUGAGCAGAAGGAGGAGGCAGAUGACAAGGCCUCCUUGACCGAGAACGCGAAGCAGAACCUCUUCGAGAACAACGAGACAACAUCAGAGGUUGCCCCAAUCGAUCUCCAGGAUGUCGAAAAGUCGCAACCCGACGUUGACGCUGAUGGUAAGCUCACAACCGGCGGAGAGAACACCCAAACAGAGACUGAAGAUUCCCAAGGCGCCAAGAUAGACCUCACAGAACAAUCGACAAUCGACGGCAAGAGUGAUUUGCAAGAGGUCGACGCCGAGCCCAUCGAAGAGGCGACAGAGGGUGCCGAGACCGUCAAGGAUGACGCGACUGAGAAGGCGGGCACUGCCCAGACUGAUGCUCAGUCCCGUGUCCCGGAUGACAUCGCUACCCUCGACAUUCCCGUCUCGCAGAUUCCCGACGGUCUGAAGAGUGAGCUUCCGGAAGAUAUCCAGACUGCCGACAUCCCCGUAUCGCAGAUUCCAUUCGACGCUCAGUCCAAGCUUCCCACCGACCUUGUUUCCAAGCUUCCUUCGGAUCUAGCCUCUCAGGUUGAGGACGCCAAGUCCGGUGCCGAGACUGCUCGUGAAUCCGAUGCCACUGAGGACUGGGCGAACCAGCAGAACCCCGAGGAGCAAUCCGAGGUCCCCGAGGAUGCUCAGACUGGCGAGUUCCCCAAGACCGAGGGUGUCACUGAGGGUGUCGAGGGCGAGGGCUUUGAGGCCAUCGACGAGGGUGUGGACUCCGGUGUGGAGGGUAUCGAAGAUGUCGCCGAGACCGCUACUGCGAAGACUGGCGAUGUCCCUGACAUUGACGUCACCGCUGCUUCUGAGUCUGCUCCCAAGUCUACCAUUAAGGAUGAUAUCAAGAGCGUCCUCAGCACCAUCCGCUCUGCCAUUCCCGAAGAUCAGCGCACCGUCUCGGUUGCCGGCGACAAGCUUCUCCAGCCAUUCGAGAAGUUCCCUGGCGCCCAGGUUGACGAGGACGGAAGGGUCGUCUUCGACGAUGUUUCCAUCGGUCGCAUCGCCGAGGGCAACCCGGAGGAACUUGUUGGCAUGACCCUCGAUGCCGAGGGCAACAUUGUCAACGAGCGCGGCAGCAUCAUUGGCAAGGCCGAGCUCAAGUCUGAGGUUGCUGAGGAGCUUCUCAAGGACACCAUUGACUUCUCCAUUCUAAAGGGUGCCAAGGUCAAUAAGGCUGGCAACCUCGUCAACGACAAGGGUGAGGCCGUCGGUCGCAUCGUCUCCGGUAUCCUCAAGCACUUGGUUGGUCGCAAGGCCAACGAGCUCGGUGAGAUCUGGAACGACAGCGGCAAGGUUAUUGGCAAGGCCGAGCCCAUUCCCGAGACUGAGCGUGAGGAGCUUAGCGAGCCUGCUCCCUUCGAGGACUUCCCUGGCGCAACCGUCGAGUCCAACGGACACGUUCUCUUUGAGGGCGACAUCGUCGGUCGUGUCAUCGAGGGUGACCCGAAGAAGCUCAAGGGCAAGAAGGUUGACGACGACGGUGACAUUCUUGACAAGAGCGGCAAUGCCAUUGGCAAGGCCGAGCGUUGGGAACCCGAGUCUGAGCCCGAGCCUGAACCGGAGGCACCUGUUGACAACUCUGCCCUCGCUGGCAAGCGUGUCAACAAGGCUGGCAAUGUCGUCGACAAGGACGGCACCAUCUAUGGCCGCAUUGUCGAGGGUGACAUCAAGCGCCUGAUCGGUCGCAUGUGCGACAAGGAAGGAAACGUCCGUAGCGAGUCCGGUGAUAUCAUCGGAAGAGCUGAGCUUGUCGCUGAGGGAGACCGUGAGGGAUCCAAGGAGGGUCCCUUCGCUGAGCUCCCUGGCUGCACUGUCGCCAAGGACGGUACCAUUGUCACUCCCUCUGGAGAUAUUGUCGGUCGUCUUGUCCAGGGUGACGCCAAGGUUCUCUUCGGCCGCCCUAUCGACGAGGAUGGUGAUAUUCUCGACCGCAAUGGCAACCUACUCGGCAAAGCUGAGCGCUGGGAGCCCGAGGCUGCUCCCGAGAGACAGAAGGGACCUAUGGAAGGCCGCAAGGUUAACCGCAGCGGCGAGGUUGUUGAUGAGGAUGGCGAUGUGAUUGGCAAGCUCACCUCUGGUGAGAUUAAGGCCUGCGCCGGCAAGCCCGUCAACGAGGACAACGAUGUUGUUGAUUCCAAGGGACGUGUCGUCGGUCAUGUCGAGCUUCUCGAGGACAUUCCUGAGCCCAAGGGCCCCAUGGAAGGCAAGGUUGUCAACAAGGAAGGUUUCGUCGUCAGCGACAAUGGCGAGACUCUUGGUAAGCUUACCAGCGGUGAGCUCAGCAUCUGCGCCGGCAAGAAGGUCAACGAGGACAACGAUGUUGUUGACUCCAAGGACCGCGUUGUUGGUCACGUUACUGCCAUCUCCGAUCUUCCUCAGAAGAAGGGACCUAUGGAGGGCCGCAAGGUCAACAAGAACGGUGAGGUUUGCGACGAGGAUGGAAACAUCAUCGGCAGACUUACCACUGGCGAGGUCACCAUUUGCUCCGGCAAGGAGGUCAACAGCGAUAAUGACGUUGUCGACUCCAAGGACCGUGUCGUCGGACACGUCACCCUCGUCGAGGAUAUCGUCGAGGAGGAGGAGACUCCCGAGGAGACCGAGGAGGAGAAGCAGGCUCGCAUCGAGGCUGAGGCCGACCGCAAGUUGGCUAAGAACCUCGGUGGCUUGAUUGAGCAGGGCUUGGAUCGUCUCCGUCCCAUCUGCAAGAUGAUUACGCAGAAGAUUGAGGCCGCUGAGCGCCAGCCCAAGGAGGAGCGUGACGAGGAGCAGCUGGUCAAGGAUGUCAAGCCUCUCAUUGAGGAGGGUGGCAAGCUCUUGACCGAGUUGAACGGCAGCGUUCGUGCCUUGGAUCCUGAUGGACGCAUCCAGCAGAACGCCAAGGCCAAGGCCCAGACUCGUGAGGCUACUCCCGAGGAACACCACCUCGCUGAGGUCCUUAAGGAGUUGACCGGUACCAUCACCGAAACCGUCGAAGGUGCCAAGCGCAAGCUUGAGGACCUUCCCAAGGCAAAGGCCGAGCUCAACCCUCUCUGGGGACUUCUCACCGAGCCUUUGUUCCAGAUUCUGGCUGCCGUCGGUCUUUUGCUGACUGGUGUCCUGAACCUGGUUGGUCGUCUUCUCAACGGUCUUGGCCUCGGCAAGAUUGUCGAUGGUCUGCUCGGAACCCUCGGUCUCAACCGCCUGCUGGAUGGCCUCGGCCUCGGCAGCUUGACCAAGGCUCUUGGUGGCGGCAAGAAGAAAUAA